AUGAUUGUAGCCUGCAUCUGUGCCCUGGCCGCCAUUGUUCUGUGCAUCGUCUUUUUGACCAGGGAACCAGAGCUAAAGGCUGGUGUCUACAGGUUGCCAGGUCGAUGGGGCUGGUUGAAGAGAAUCAUCUUCUGUGUUGUCUUUCACCUUCGCUCAGCCAAGAAGCACACACAGAAGACUGCUUCCAACAGGGAGGAUGCCUCUCUGAGUAGUCGUCUGACAGGAUACGGAAAGGGACAUGCAUACGAUGAGAUGGAACAUCCUCAGCCACUUUCUGACAGCAUCGACUGGAUUAGGUUUUGGUGCUUUGUAAACAGGAUUCUCUGCAAUAUUCUGUGUCAGAAUCACUUCUGCUUCAUAAAGACUCUGAAUCAGAAAUCACAAAUUUCCUGGAGGUGCCAGGAGUUGGCCAGUUCCAGCAUAAACUCACCCAGAUUUCCUGUGCAUCGUCACCGAUGCAAGAGCUUCAAGCGCUGGACUUGCCUGUCUUUGAACUUUCUAGAGCCCAUGAGACGAUGGAAGAUAAGCUACAGUGGCAAGCUGAGGGCAGGUAUGUGCAAUAAAAUCGUGGACAAGCCUCAGGAAUUUGUUGAAGCAAACUUCUCCUUCACGUGGACUGCUUUCUCGCAACCUUUCAACUUUGACACAGACAUGGCCGGCACACUUCUUGGAGACAGUAUAGCAAGAGAACAAUGGGGCCAGGACUUCUUUCAGAGACUCAAAGACAACCAUCAGACUCACUACGAGCAGUGGGGGGAGCUGAGGGGCAGACUGUGUCUAGGCAACCAUGAAGAGUUGUUGUAUCUGCAGUGUGUCAGAGAUCAUAGUUUUG